GAGGAAUACAGUCGUGGCUCCAGCCAGAGGCAUUGCUGUGGAUGUGGAAUCGGGGAGUUUCUCAGCCCAGGCAGCUCUGCUUGCUAACUCGGGGAAUUAACUGCUGUUAUUAAGGACCGCUUGGCGCAGCUUCAGGGAGCGUGCCAGAGGAUAAUCGCGGGAACAACUGUCUGCUUCUCCUCUCAGGCAGUUCGGGGCUCUUUUCUCUUCUGCGUCCUGAUUGCUGCCAUGGAGCCAAACAGCCCCAAAAAGAUACAGUUUGCUGUGCCGUUAUUUCAGAGUCAAAUAGACCCUGAAGCAGCUGAACAGGUAAGCUAGUUUCAUCUUCUCUCCCUGUCUGGGUGGCGGGGAAGGGGCUGAGAGGGCGUUGCUGCCAGAUCAGAAAAUGUAACUGCCACUCAGCUUCAGCUAGGGAAUUCCACAAAGUGUCCCAAGCACUGACAGGACGGAGGAGGGUUUGUCCUUUUGGAUGUUCCAGGUGACAUUCACACCCAUUUUUUCAGAGCAAACAUUUGCUGUCUUCAUUCCUUAAGAACAGAUGCUUUCCAGUAGCAAUAGUGUGCCUUUUAUCAGUGUUUCUAUGUCACUAGAUAGACAGAUGGAUAGAUGGACGGACAGAUGGAAUUACUUAAAAUGGUAUCUAUCUCUGUUAAACAAACAUAGCUGGGUGGAUGUUGAAAUAGAGAGAUGUCAACAGAUCACGUAGAAAGCUAUUCAAGUAAGGAAGUUGAAAGGCUUUUUAAAAAGAUGUUGGGGUCUCAUCAAUCUUGACAAAACAAGGCUUAAAAAAACCUAACUCCUGCUUUAAAUACAACUCUUUCUGAGUGUGUGUUCAUAUGUGUAUGCACACACACUUAAAAUACUUAGAUAUAUGCAGUGCUUUUUUUCUGGGGGGACACAGGGGUACGCAUACCCCUACAUAUUUUGUGAACCUAAGCUUGGCCUCAUUGAGGGACAAUAUUUCAAUAUGAGCAGGAAAAUGAGAGUACCCCUAAACAUUUAUUUAUUUUGUAUAGAGAAAAGCACUGGGUAUAUGCACGUGUGUACAUGUGCAGAGGGAACAGGCAAGGAUUUACUUAUAUUUUGGAAUACUUCAUUCUAGUAAGCUGUUCUCUGAGCUGACCUUUGGCCCUCUGUAACAAUGCAAAACAUUAGAAAAUAAAGAAAUAGUGAAUUAAAUUCACAGUUUGAUGAAGUUCAUCUCUCUGGCUGCUUAGAAUGCACUGUCUCCUCAUCACUGGCAAAGACAUUAUCAAGAGCAAGUCCUUCCAAAAAAUACAAUGUAGCUGUUCAUGAUCAUGACUAAUGUAUAACAUUGAGCGUAUUAUACUGUGCUGAAGGUGAAAAUCUGAAGUCAUUAUCUGAGUGACAUAUCCCAUUGAAUCAACGUGCGUCAUGGCUGCUACAGAUAAAGGAUGGUGCCCUUCAUGUAAUUCCAUUACAAAUGUUAAAUAUCUCAUUCCCAUGAUAGCUUGAUUUAUCUCACUGUUUCCGGACAAGGAUAUUGCUAGAACCUAGGCAAUAUACUACUGCGCCAUCUCCCUGUGCUGUACACAUCCCAUAUAGCAGAAGUGGGGAAAUUUUUCCUACUGACCCAUGGGAAAAUAUAUUUGGUGGCUGUAAGCAACGUUGGGUGGAGCCAAAAGCCGAAAAUCAGUGAUGGCAGGAUUUUAUAUAGUGCAUUCUCUCUUUGCCACCCCACCACUCUGUGUGUGCUUACUAGUCAUCCAUCUUUGCAGGCUGCAGGCAAGAAAGUAGGCCAAGGGCCUGAGUUUCCUCUAAAGCAGGAUUUCUCAAACUCGGGUCUCCACCUGUUUUUGAACUACAACUCCCAUCAUCCCCACUGGUCUUGCUAGCUAAGGAUGAUGGGAGAUGUAGUCCCAAAACAGCUGGAGACCCAAGUUUGGGAAACCCUGCUGUAAAACAUCACCAUAUGGUCUCUGAUAGCAGAAGAGAUGAUGAAAUAAAGCACUAUCUUCAUUAUCUACCAAUAGCCUUUCUCCAGUGGCAAAGGAAUGCUGAAGAUAAGAGGCCAGGUGGAUGCUAGUGGAACAGUAUGCUGGUUCCCUGUUCCAGUGUCAUUGCAGGCUGGAAUCCCAAGUUGCAAGGGAUUCAUCCUUGACCAGUAGAAUUCUGACAUCACCACCACCACCCCCGGCCACCUUUUAAAAAACUCUGGACCUCCCAUGCCACGGUCGCAAACUGCUUUUGAAACAUCCCUCCGUAUCAAAAGCAGUUUGUCACACAGGAUGAGGGACGAAGAAAAGUCUGAUAUACCUUCUUGUUCCCGCUCCCUGUUGUGCUCAUGGAACAGGCUUUUAAAAUCCUCACAUCGCAUUUCUGUGUGCCAAAUCCCUAUCAUUGUAUUCUGUUUCCAGGGAUAAGCUCCAAGUACACAUCUUGUCCCAUUAUAUAAAAGCUUUAGGUCAUUCAAUAUAAAAUAAAAUAUUUCAACAUUUUCAAUGUUUGGGUUUGUGGAACAGACAUUAUGGCAUAUCCUCCAACAUUUCUCUGAUGAAAAUAGAGACAUCCUAUUCCAUCAUCAUCAUCAUCAUCAUCAUACCUUGCCCAUCUGACUGGGUUGCCCCAGCCACUCUGGGCUGCUUCCAACAUAUAUAAAAACAUAAUAAAACAUUAAACAUUAAAUAAACUUCCCUAUACAGGGCUGCCUUCGGACAUCUUCUAAAGGUUGUGUCAUUACUUAUCUCCUUGACUCAGACGUUGCAUAACUCCAUACCCUCCAACAUUUCUCCGAUGAAAGUAGGGACGUCCUAAGGAAAGGUGGAACAUUCUGGGAUCAAAUCAGAAACUGGGACUGCUUCUGUCAAUCCAGGACUGUCCCUGGAAAAUAGGGACACUUGGAAGGUCUGUUAUCAUUAGGCUGAGAUUUAAUGGACAGGCCUGACUCAAGCCUUGUUGUUCCAUAGGUGAGGCAGAAGCACAAAGUGAAAGUGCACCUUAGGAUUUCCUGAGGAUUCUGGGCUGCACACUUGGGAUGAGGAACUGGCUGUGCUGGAAGCAGCACAAGACUCCAGAUUUUCAUACUGCUUCCAGAGAUCCUUGACCUAUAUCCUCUUUGAUUAAAGCAGCCUGGUCAUCGGACCAUGCCCAUUGCAGUCUUUACAGAUUUCAAAUCCAGCCUAAUGAAGCAAAUGGGAAAAGGCAUAAAGAGGGGGAAACUUAGCAAUUUGCUGGUAACUGCAUCAAUGCAAAUUCAAAUGGGCGUAUUAGCUUUCGGAAAUGGAAAGAAUGACCAGACAUGGGAAGUGUUCUAUUUUUGAUCAUCUGCAACCCAAUAGUUUGAAUGAUUUUUGGCUUCCCUAUGUUAGGUACAAAUAGUCUGGCAGUUUGUGCUAGUAUUCUAGACUGAGGGAUGUGGCCAUCAUUUAAUAAAUCUGCUUGCACCUAUAUUUUCCGCAGAUCAGGAAAAGAAGGCCCACGCCAGCAUCAUUAGUAAUUAUGACUGAUUCGCCUCCAGGUAAGUGAAUCCUGCAGCUUCUAAGUACUGGGGUAUCAGCACAAUAUGACUAUACUAAAUAAUUCUAUUGGGCGAGGGGGUGGGCGUUAGAAACUGAAAAACAAUUACAGCACUAUGGCAAACUACGGGCUCAAAAUGAGCUCUCCAAGGGGGGCAUAAAAAGCAGCACCUCUCUUGUGCUUCUCCACCCCACUGCUUGUGGACACGAGAGGGAAAUCGACUCUGAGGUCCUACACAGGGCUGGUUCCAGGGAGGUGCAAAGUUGGGCAUUUUCCAGAACCUGCAGAGGACCUACAUAACAAUGCCACCAUGUCCACUUUGCACAGAGUACCUAAGAAGAUCUUGGUUUCCAUGUGCAGAUUCUACAAGGUUGGAAGGACGCACUGAGGGGGCCAUGCCUGAGGGCUCUCCAAAUCCCGAUCCCAUGGGCAUUUUUGCAGAGGAGUCACACAAUGCAAUGUGUUUGCUCCAAGUGGGGACAGGGUUGUCCAUGGAUCCUAGCCUGGCACCUGAACAUCAGGGGAGCAGUCUUGCCAGGCUCUCUCCAUCAUAUGAAGAGGACUCAAAAGCAUCAACAGCUGCAGAAGACUAACACAUGGCAACAUGGAACUGCAGAAUUGGAAAGGACCCAAAGGAAUCCAACUCCCUGGAAUGCAUGUCUCCUAACAAGGGCUGAGAGAGACAUGUAUGAAUUCAACCUGUUCCGCUGUUACUUAGAUUAGCUAGCUAACCUGUUACUUUGAUUAGCACUUCAUCUUUUGACACAAUUUAGGGUGCUGGUGGUACCCUAUAAAAAGUUUUGCCUGGCUUGGGAUCUCAUACCUUUAAGGCUGCCUUGCUCCAUGUGACCACUCAGUGCCUGAAGCUUACAGCAGGGAAGGACAGGUAAUGGCUAGCAACUGUGGCUCAAAACCAUGGAAGCCUUAGAUCAGGGGUAGCAAACCAUGGGGCCAUGCAGAUGAUUUGGAUUGUAACUCCCAUCAGCCUCAGGCAGCAUUGUCAAUGGUCAGGAAGUUGUGUGAUGGGCCUUGUAGUCCAAAACAUCUGGAAGUGGGUGCUACAUAGGCUACCAAUGGGAUAGAGGAGCUGGCUCUUUUUACCAAACUUCCAGAGAGGAAGUCAAACUAUUCACUUACAUCAUGUCUUUGGCCGAACUCUCCUCCACCACCACUCCUGCUUUUACUGCUCUUGUUGUUGUUUUUUACAUUACUUCAUGUAAGGAUUACAACUGGUGAAUAUAUCUGAAGCAUUUCAAAUGCUAUUCAGAUGCUGCACUUUAAGAAGGAUGAUGGUACAAGUGAGAGCUGCAAGGAGCUGUUGUCGUGUAGAGGGUUCCCCUUCUGGGUUCUAGCCAGUCAGCCAGCCUGCCUGCCAGCCAUGCCCUUUCCCAAGGUACUCCAUUCCAAUCUCACUCACCCCUAAAGUUGAAAAAUAACAGUAAUGACGGAAUACUGCAGCUCAUUUCAAAAAUGCCCACCUACAGAUGAAGCCCUGAAAACAUUGCUGUAGCAUAUGACGAAGUAUCACAUAUCUAAAGAUGAACAAAUGAAACUUUACAAAACAAACAGGCUCAUGCUUCAGGGCAUUCUAGCUUUCUAUUUGGGAGUUUGAUGUCUGCAUCUGCUGAUAGCUCUGCCUGAAGCUAUAAUGUAGAGCGGCCUUUAAUGUGUUACUGCAUGGCACUUUCCAUCUGUGGCACGCAGCAGCUUGUGGACAGUCCAAAUUUAGUUCCACACACUGUUAAUGGGCGCUCAAAGUAAUGCCAUCGACAGGUUUCCCAAUCAAUGUCCACCACUGACCAUUUAAAAGCCAUUUGAAAAGUACCCACCCCCUCUCUGUUACUGAUGCUCCUUUUCCAUUUUCUGUAAAAGCAUUGCAGCAUUUCAUAUCCAUUAAGCAAUAUUAGACUACAGAGGGGUUCCUCCCCCACCCCGCCCAGUUGUUCUUGCAUAGGCAGUAAGCAAUGUUUCAUAUUAGGUGAACAACAAAACAACAGGGCAUUUUAAUUGUCUUCACUUCGAAACAAAUGGUCUUCAUUUGCCAGAAGAAAUCAUAUUUAUACAAGUGAGGCUGCUUCUCUGCUUUAACAGGGUGGUGAUAUGAAGAGAGAGAGAGAAAUGGUGCACAGCUGCAUUGGUCUGCACACAACUCAGUAUGCAACCACAUUGCCCUGAGUGGUGGCUGAUUCCCCCAAGAUGCCCUGCUUAAUGCAUACACAUCAGCCGGAUAGGACAUAAAUUCUCAGAUGCAUAAACUCUGCUCACAUGAGUGGUGUACUCGCAUGACAUCAGACCAAGUAAUGUGAGAUUGCAUCUUGCUCUUCGCCAAAGUGGAAGACUGCAAUUUUUAAAAUUGCCCAGUUUAUGUAUGGAAGAGAAGAGGAGUUUGUGAGUUUGUGGCUUCAACAUUACAGCAGAAGUUUGUUCUGAUCAACUCAGGUUCAGAACAAUGACUGACGUGACUCAUUUGGACCAUGAGUUCUGAUGGAAAGUGCCUCUCUGGUUUUUGCCAAUUCUUUCUCUCCAGUAUUUAUCCCCCCACCCAGCAAAUAUUUUCAGAAGCAUUUCACCUUCCAUCUAUGUGCCCCAUCCCUUCUGAGAAUUUUUGAAGUGUGCACAUGUGUAGGGGAUUCCCAGUGAGCUCUGAAAAACUGCUGGGGAGCCAUAUAACUUUAGGGCCAUCUAAAGCAAAGUUUUCCUGUAGAAGGAGUGGAUGGGGCUCUGCUUCACUGUUUGUCUGGAAGGAGGAUAGAAGCAGAGGCACAAGCAGAAUAUCACAUUUGACCCUCUCUUCCCUUCCAGCAGAAGCUCUGCCACCCUACCAGACCACACAUGCUCUGUUAAAUGUUUGGAUUUGGGGAGUUGUGUCCAGAGGCACUUCAUUCAUCCCAAGAGUAAUAGGAAUCUAUUAUUCUUGACAUCAUCAUCAUCAUCAAGCAAGCCUCUUCCAAGGCUGCAUGGAAAGCAGAGCAGUUGCCCCCAGCUAAAUAAUCUUUUAUCUAAUGGCAGUUUCUCAGAAGUGAUCAGAGCAGCCUGCCUGAUUUCCUCCACCUUUGCUUCCAAGGAGUCGCCGAACAUCAGAGCGCACUAAAUGAUUUAGAGACCAGCAGUGGAUUUGGCUUCGAGAAAUGUGCUCAGUGUGCUGGCGAAACAUUGAUUGGAAGGUUUCCCUCUGCACUUUAAAAAUGGCUAAAUGACAAGGCAUGAUGGGCCCACUAAUUUGCCAUGGAAUAUGCAAUCAGCUGUGGCACUUUCUUAGUGGAAAUAUUUAUAGGAGGGAAUGAGUGUAAAGAAAGAGUUAAAUAUUCAGGGGGAAAGCAUCAGCAGUGAUGCUGCCCAUACCAGAACUUUGCAAUUGGUGGCUUCCCUUCUCUGCAAAAGUGGGGAAGGGAGGCUUCAUCCAGAAGACCUACUUAUUGAGCAUUCAUCCUCAUUUGUUUGUGCAAACCUUAGUGGCGGUCACACUAUGUGUCAUCUUUAUUGAGCAUUCAGUUUGAUUAGUUUGAGGGGAACUUAUAUGGCCAUGACCAUUCUUCCAGCAUUCAUUCUGAUUUGCUUGCUGGUCUUUGCAUGCCUUUUCUCCCAGAUUUGAGAACAAGGUCACACAAAGUUACUAGCCUCCCUUGAAUUUUAUUAGCCUGCUGCUGAGGCCUGGCAGAAGAGUUGCAUUUCUAGGAUCAUAGGAAGCUGCCUUGUACUGUGUCAGACCAUUAUUACAUCCAGCUCAAUAUUGUGCCUAUUGACUAGCAGCUGUCCAGGGUUUCAGACAAGGGAUACAGUCGCAGUACUACCUAGGGAUGUUGAGAAUUGAACCAGGGACCUCCUGCAUGCAAAGCAGAUGCGCUACCAUUAAGCUAUGGCCCAUUCCUUUCUAUGGUGGAAGGGGGCUUUCUUCCUUUAGCAGUCCACUUCAUUUCUAUGAUGGGCGCAGAGGAAAGAUGGGGGGAACUAGGUUCCCACUGGAAGACAACAGUGGAGCAACAUUUGAUCUCCCCUUUCCCCUGCAACCCCUAGCACCUUCCAUGUUGUCCUGGAAGGCCCACCAACCUUCUGGAGAACAUUGCUGAUGGGUAGCGGGGCUGCAGGGACAAGGGGAAAAUGCCACCUCCCCUUCGGCUUCUGGAGCAUUCCAACAGAACUUUGCUCAUGGGACACUUUGGCCAUUGGAGCUUUAGUUAGCCUCUAACAGUGCUAUCUGAAUCAUGUCUACUCAAAAGUCAGUCCUGUUGAAUUCAAUGGGACUUUACUCCUAGGUACACAUGGGGGUUAGGAAUGCAGCCUAUACCACAAUGUUAAGAGUGAGGUUGCCACAAUGAAAAAAUAAGUGCCCAAGCCUCCCUGUGUAAGAGAGACAAAUCAUUUAAAAAGGGAUCGUUUCCAUCUAGCAAUGCUUAUUCCGUUUCCAGGGACAAGGAAAGACCAGGACUCCUUGAUCCCACAGGAAACUAUUUGUUCGUCCCCUCCCUGCUCCAAGGAAUGGAAUUUCAAAAAUAGCACCUAAGACAAUUCCAAGAAAUCCCAAAGAUCAGCUGUCUGAAAUAUAACAGGUGGUUUCUGGAUAUCCCCUUGGUUCUUCCCCAAAAUAUUAUUUCCAUUGUUAGGAAAGUUUUUCUGUGCUGAAGCAAAUUUUUAUCGAGAACAGAUGUGGAAGAAGAAUUGCAACACAGGCAGAGUUUAUGACUAAUCUGUUUGUGUUGACACUUUUUUCUAAGGCUCACUAUACGGCAAUCUUAGAAACAAGCACAAGGAAGAUGUUCAUUCUGGAAUGUUAAGAACACUCACAUUUACACUUAAACACACACACAAGUGCAUUUUAUUUUACAAUAGAAGAUUUGCAGAUGGAAAACACACACACACAUAAUUUUAACUGAAGAUUUUCUUGGGUUACAAAAGUAAGUACAUCAUCUCUAUUUUCAGUUCCUCAAGUCCUUUCUACAGAUCAGUUAUAUUCAGGUCACUGAAAUCCAGCUUGUUGGGAUCCUCUGUAGCAAGCAGCUGGGAUUGUAGUCACAGGAAGCCAGAGAGCAGCAGGGAGUCUAGAUGCAUUUUGGCUCAUCUGGGAAGUAAUAAGGUCCAUGGGCGUAGUCAGGAUUUUUGGGGGGGGGGGGCGGGACAAGCCUUUUGUUAGGGGAGGCAGAACCUCAGUUAGCUAUGUAUUUUUAUUGAUUUUUAUGGAUUGGGGGGGGGAGCAGUAGCCCCUCCCUGCCCCGCACUUGGCUACAGUCGUGAUCAGGUCCCAAACUGGUCGGCUGCAACCACAGAGGACAAUGGCGUAGAAAGAAUGGGAGGAAAGUCUUUUCUAAAUUAUGUCUUAAUAUCACCAUCUGGCUGUGAUAUUUAAAAUCUUUCCUAUGUGGCAUUUCUGAAAAGCACUCUUAGAACCCUGGAUGGUGGCGAGGGUUGUUAUUUAGAAAGAUGUAUCACGUAACUUCAAGCUUCAUUUUCAAGAGAGCAGAGCUGCAUCUUUUGGCAGAGCAGGGCAGUCGCUAGCGAAAACCAAAAACAGAUGCUUUCAGUUUCAAAUUUGUACUUAUGGCUUAGACAUAAAAUCUCUGGGCAAAGCCACACAUCAGUUAAAAACAACAGCCACAUACUGGUUGUAUGUGAAGAAAACUACAUGGCUGUUUCUCUCCCUGUUACUGUACUAUACAAUUUUUACAGUUCAUUGUUUGUUUAUUUGACUUUUAAGUUUAAUUUUAACUUGAUUUCAGGGCUUAUAAUCUAUCAUAUCUCUCUCUGUGUGGGAAAUAUUUGAUUAAAUGAUAUGGCACUGAAUCAAAAUGCACACCUGGAAAUGCUGGUACAGAUUUGUUUAUUGUGAAGGAUGGAUGUGCACAACCCCCUGAGCUGAUUCAUGCAUGCAUGUUCCUCAUACUAUGGUAGCGGCAGCCAGCAUUGACUGGCAUCUGUCAAAUUUCACAUAUCAGUGUUGGCUUGUGCUGGGGCAAAAUCUAUGGCAGAAACAGCAGUGGGGUGGGGAGGCAGGAAUCCAACAAACAAUAUAUUUUACCAUUUACAGUACAAUAGGCUAAUAAUUCAACAGUAGCAGACGUUAUCAUAUCUGCAGAGUUCAAGAACCACUCCCAAGUAUUUUUAAGCUGAUCUGCUACUCCGUGUGUCCUCAGACACAUCUUAACUUGUCUGUUAUGAGUUGAUUCCAAAUUUUAUCAUACCCGGUUGCAGCCAAUCCUUUCAGUGGGCAUUGCCAGUGAGUAGUUGUUGCCAUUCUUGCUGCUAACAGCAGUUUGUGUCUGUUUUGUGACACUCCCACUGUAUAUGGUGUAGGGCAGUGGUUUUCAACCAGUGUGCCGUGGCACCCUGGGGUGCCUUCAAUGAUGGUCAGGAGCGCUGUGGGCAACACUGGCCUCUGUCCCUCUUUCUUUCCCUCUCUCCUCUGAUUCCCUCUCGCAUCUCUGCCUCCCAGAGGCUUGCAUGGCUGUUUGUUGCAGCAGCCCUGGCUAUAAGCUCUGCAGGCGAAUGAUGCAGCUGAGAGGCACCUCUCUUUGGGGCAAAGGGGGGCAGCUCAGAGACCAGGGACGGCAGCAGCAGCUGCCCGAAAAACUCCUAAGGAGAGGAGAGGAGGCUGAGGGAACACUCCACAAGGGAGGGUAUUCGAAAAAGGGUGAGAGGCUGCCAGCUCUGCUGGCAAGGGCUGACAUAAGUGGGCUCCUGAGCCCCACAGGGGUGCCGCAGAAAGAAUAUAGUUGGUUAAGGGAGCCGUGGACUUGAAAAGGUUGAAAACCUCUGGUGCAGGGAAUCUGACACACAGCAUCUUUUCCACCAGAGAGAGUUGCUUUUUAAAAAAUAAAAACAAAUUCUGAAUUUAUGCUGGUUGCAGACUCCUUAUGCAUUACUUCCUGCAUUUUAAUAUUUACAGACUUCAUCAUGCCAGCUUGACAACACUUUCAAUUUUCACUUUUAACCCCCUUUCUCAACAUAUCUGUAAGGCUUCUGAUGUGAUUAGCAACCCUUCCUGCUUUCUCCAGUCACAGUCUGUUGAUAAGUUCCCACGCUCUGUUGACGGUCUUCUAAUUCUUGCUGACAUGUGUGUGGUGCAUAUACCCAAAAUGCCAAAGUUGCAGAUAUUGUUACCAAGGAGAUUCUACACCAUUCAGUUCAUUUAGACUAGAAGCCAGGAACCUUUUUCACCCUGACAGUCACAUUCCCAUCUGAGCAACUUUCUGGGGGGUAACGUGCCUUGCGGUGGACAGGGCCAUAGGGAAAAUUAGGCAGAGGAAGAGAUGCAAAUGUUAUCUCUGUACGAUGGGCUAGUUUCUACACACUCACACAACCCUCUCUAUCCGUUGAGGCAGGCAAGAGGCAUUAUCAGAGUUCUAGGACACAUUCCAGCCAGGUAAAAACACCCAAGGAGGGCUUGGUGCAAGGUCAGCAGGUGAUGCAGCUGGGGAAAGGGUGUGUUGUGGGAAGGUGAACGGAGCAAACCAACAGCAAAUCACACCAAGCAAGUUGGAGGUAACUCUAUAGUAGCAAAAGCAGGGCACAGGAGUGUCAGGAUGAAUGAGCACAGCAACUCAUCUCCAGCAGGUCUUGUCCCCAUAGAGCAGUUGCUCGCCUUCCCACAGUUGCCUAAGUCUCGUCCUCUCCAGGGUUUUCCUCAAGCAAUCUGAGACUGCACCUGUGUGAAGCUAAUUUUUCGCCCUCUUCAUGCCUCUCCUGGUUCUUGGAGACCAGGGGGAGGGCAGCUUGUUGCAGCAGGAGUGAGAGACAUCUGCGCCUCUUCCCCAGCCGGCCUGAUCUCUGCCUCUCGGCCUCCCUCCUCUCCUGCUUCAGCUUCUGCCUCUGGUUCUGGACUGCUCUCUGCCACAGCCUCUUCCUGCUCACUAAGCCCUGUUCCCUUUUCAGCUUCUGACAUCCUCCUCUUCCCAGUCUUCUCCCUCUUCUCCUGACCACUCGUUGUUGUUCCAUCACCAAUCCCCUGGCUCUGAGCCUUCUUCCCUUGGGGGCUUCCUAGCUGGUUUCUUCCAUCAUUCCUCUGCAUCCAACCAGUCUGUGACAUUAGGGUCCUUGGAGACUUGGUGAGCUGCAUUUGCCCCAACCCAACCUGAGGUUCCCUCAUCCCUAGUUUAGAAUUUAAGUUUAGACCAUUAGAAAGUAAAUCAAGAAACCUAUACAUACCUUUUCCCUUCCAGGACCCAUAGAAACAAACAUCAUCAUUUUCUUAAAAACUCCAAGGCAGUUGUCAGGGGCAAUAGUGGUUCUGCCAAUUUUCUGCUCCAUUCCCCCCCCCCCGCGUACACGUGGUCUUUGUAAAUGGAUCAUCAAUCAUGUAUCCUUUGCAUAUAUGACGACAGUAGAAAAUCACUUCCUUGAGUCCCUGUAAUGUCAAUAUUUCCUAGGAGAGGCUAGAAUAGUUCUUACUAGCUAUAGCAACAGAGAACAGUAUGUGGGUGUUUUCGUUCAAGAUGCACUAGUAGAUUUAAUUUGUCAGGAAUAUCAUUUUGAAGGCUUUGCUCUUGCAGGGGUUAAUGUAGGAAAGAAGGAACUAUCAGAAGCAGAAACUUGUAAGGUCUGAAUGUGGUUUGUAUUUGGGAGUCGUUGAUUCCAAAACAGAGCAGGGAGGGGAUGUAUCUCACAUCUCAACAUCAGAGCUUCAUCUCAGCGAUCUCACUUUGUUUUCCCUUUCUCUGGCUAGCUGAUUUAUUUUGUUAAAUUUAAUUACCCAGCGGGUGGUUUAUUGAUCGUGGAAGCCGGAGCGCUUCUAAUUGGCGCGUUAGCUGCAAUUUAUACUCCCUAUAACUUCUUUAUCUUUACGAGACUUUGCAGAAGAUAAGAUCAGUUGUGGGGACAUUAUCCCAUGACGUCAUCGACAUGAAAUAAAGCACAAUGGAAAUGUCCACCCGAGGCAUUAAUAUUUAGCUACUAGUUAACACAUUUCCUUUCAUUUAUAAAGCAAAUGUUAUUAAAAGGGUGUUUAUAGAAGAAAGAAGAUAAGGGAGUCUCCAUUGCUGAGACAAACCACUGAGGCCAGACACUGGCUCCCCUAAGUCUCAGGCAAAGAACUCUCCCAGUCUUGUUUCCUGAAAUCUUUUCACUAGGAUUGAACCUGACACCAUUUAUAUGCAAACUUGAUCAGGUCACUGCUUUGUGUGUUAAAAUGAAGCUAGGCUGGGCGCAUCAUGGUAUUACUAUAAGAAAAACUGUUCCCUUUCCCUUAUGGCGUAUUCUACAGCCCAUAUAGAGUCCGUAAGUGGCUUCCCUAUCGGUAGGAGAAAAUAACAGAGGCCAGUCGGAGUAUAUUGAGAAGCAAAGCAGCUAGUAAGCCUGAUCUUUAUUUAAGGAACUGUUGCCACAGGGUCCCCACUCACCACACGGAGGAGAGAGGAGAACCCUGAACAAUGGUGCACAAGCCCUUAGAUAGACUUUUGAAAUUGCCCACCCUGUAGACCACCACCCCAAAACAUCAUACAUACAUCACAGAAGGAGGUGGUCUACAGCAGAAAUCCUGUCUGCCAGGAUACCUGAUAAUGGUCACUGUUUGCAUUACCUGGGCAGUCUGGCCAUUCUUCUGUGAUGGUAAAUACUUUAGUUCCUGAAUACUUUAAAUACUUUAGUUCCUGAAUCCAGGUUGCAGGCUCACCUUCCUCACACACAAUUUCACCUCUGUGCUUUCUAACACUUUGCUGCCACCCCUCAGCAGCUGCUGCCUGAAGGAACUGCCUCACUCAGCCUAAUGGUAGGGCUGGCUGUGCGUAUGGGGAGAGACAUCUGAAUGGUCCCUUUGGAUGGAUAAAAAUUCAGAUAGAAUCUACAGGUUUAAAAUAUGUAAUGGUCCUGCCGUGCAGCCUGGGGGGCACGGGAUCAAAAGGACAAAUUCUGCUGUUCUAUAUGAAAUAUGUAUUUAUUUACAGUGGUACCUUGGGUUACAGAUGCUUCAGGUUACAGAUGCUUCAGGUUACAGACUCCGCUAACCCAGAAAUAGUACCUUGGGUUAAGAACUUUACCUCAGGAUGAGAACAGAAAUCGUGCACUGGCGGCAGCAGGAGGCCCCAUUAGCUAACAUGUUAAAGGUAAAGGUAAAGGUACCCCUGCCCGUACGGGCCAGUCUUGACAGACUCUAGGGUUGUGCGCUCAUCUCACUCUAGAGGCCGGGAGCCAGCGCUGUCCGCAGACACUUCUGGGUCACGUGGUCAGCGUGACAAGCUGCAUCUGGCGAGCUAGCGCAGCACACGGAACUUCGUUUACCUUCCCGCUAGUAAGUGGUCCCUAUUUAUCUACUUGCGCCCGAGGGUGCUUUCGAACUGCUAGGUUGGCAGCUAACGUGUUACCUCAGGUUAAAAACAGUUUCAGGUGAACAGACCUCCAGAACGAAUUAAGUUCUUAUCCUGAGGUACCACUGUAUUUAUUUAUUUCUAAAAAAUUAUGAAUUCCUUUUUCAACAAGGAAAUGCUCCAAACAACAUGCAUCUUGUAUCCUAUUUGAGGUGUCACUGUUUGUGUGAGAGAGAUGUGUUCAAGGAACAACGCCUCCUAUUAGACUUAGGCCUCAGGGACAUUUUGUUGAACCUCUGCAGGCUAUAGGAUUGCAGCCUGCUUUGUUUUAUUUGUUUUUCUGUGAUGAAAAUCAAUCUCAUAGUUCUGCACUUUGCAUCUGACUCAAUGCAUUGGUUCAAAAACGGGUGAAAUUCAUACUUUCAGUGUAUUCAUCUUUGGCAUAAAUCUCUCCCACAGGCUGUAGUGUUGUAGCCUCUAAACAACAGAUUGGUUUUGAUUGUCUCUGGGUGUGUCAGAGUGCUUUUGUAAAUGGAGAAAUCUGAAAGUACGCUCAAUAAUUUCAUAACUGAACCUUGUAUCCUUUCUCUGAUCGUCACUCCAUUCAGAGCAGCACCAUAGAAACAAGCUUCCUCAAUUCCAGGGAAUUAUUUACACAUCAUUUUCAAUACAGAUAGUUUCCUGUUACAAUAGUCCUAAAGGCUUUGGUGCCAGGGACUGAUAAGCACCUAGACUGCUUCUGUUAUCUUCUGAGUCCCUCUUAUCAUGAGGUAAAGCAAUAUCUCUACAGAGGCACAGAGUAGCUCCACAAAUACGGAAUGCUGUUGAGAAGAGAGUGACUUGUUUACCAAAAUCAAUAUUCUUGCUUAUUUUUGCAAAAUGCUAUAGGACAUUUUAAUAUAGAUAGGUAAGAAUUUCCUACCUGGUGUGAUCACGUCAGGCGUGCUGAGAGUUGUUAGGAGACCUCUGUUUCCCUUAGAAAGCUACAAUUGAUUCCCAGUGUUUUAAAAAUCAAUCCCCCUUCACCAGGAAUUCAGGAAAAUGUAGCUUUUGGAGGAAUGGUCUCCAGACAACUCCAGCUUCUCUGUCUUUUCAAAGGUGACAAAGAAAAUUGGCCAGAUGGAAGGGAGCCUAGGGUGGCCAACAAUGCCAGUUCUGCUGCUCCUGUAAUCCUGCUGCCUGAGGCAGUCACCUCACCUUGCCUUAUGAGAGGGCCAGCCCUGACCAGGAGGCAUUGUUCUUUUGAAUGUAGCCAGUGGUUCACUAAUAGACCCUGGUGAUGCCUUCGGUCCGGUACUUACUCAGAUCAGGGUUGGAGAACUUGUGGCCUUCCAGAUAUUGCUUGACUCCAGUUCCCAUGAGGCUCAGCCCUCGCGGCAAAUUGUCAGGGAUGAUGGGGGCUGUUGUCCAAUAGAGGCGCCGACUCAUGCCCAAGAUUGAGGGGGCCUGGAGUGCAUUGCGUGUGUGUGAUGUCAUACACAUGUUGCAUCACCAGGAGGAGGCCAAGCGUGGAGCCUAGCAUGUCACGGUUUCAGUGGCCAGCAGCUCCUCCUCUCUUGCCAAUGUGGUGUAGUGGUUAAGAACGGUAGACUCGUAAUCUGGUGAACCGGGUUCACUUCCCUGCUCCUCCACAUGCAGCUACUGGGUGACCUUGGGCUAGUCAUACUUCUCUGAGGUCUCUCAGCCCCACUCAGCUCACAGAGUGUUUGUUGUGGGGGAGGAAGGGAAAGGAGAAUGUUAGCCACUUUGAGACUCCUUUGGGUAGUGAUAAAGCGGGAUAUCAGAUCCAAACUCCUCUUCCUCUUCUUCUUCAUCAUCUUCUUCUUCUUCUUGUGCUCAGAGGGAUCCGACCACUGAAGCCACACCGUGCUCAGCCUCCUCCAACCCCUCAACAUUGAGGGGGCUGGGCCCACUCCCCAUAAAUAUUGAAGGAGCUGAGGACUCGGCCCUGUAGAGUUGGUGGCAGUGUUGUCCAAUAGCACCUGGAGAGCCACAGCUUUCAUGUCCAUGGUUUAAUUAAGGCUCUCUUUUUUUAGAUUAUUGCCUAUGUAAAAAAAGAGAGAAAAGCAUAGAAAUCCAUGCGGUUAUACUGUUAUCUCUUUUGUUGUUGUUGUUCAUGAUGAUGAUUUGCUUGGUUCCCCUCCCUCACUCCCAGGCUUAUCAACUGAAAACUUGCUGGCUUUACUUUGAGGUCUUUUUAGUAACCUUUUGUUCAAAAAGGGCAUUCAACUUUUUCAGAUUUCCUUCCAAACAAUUGAAAAGAGGCUAUGUCUGAGGCAUCAUCCUGGUUCCAAAACAGAAUCAAAGCCAUUUUUGAAAGCUAUUAUGAGAAAAGGAAAGGAAAGGAAAAUCAUUCUAUUAUAUGUGGGGCCUUAAAAAAUGAAAUAAAAAAAUCCAGCAUGGGUGAGAAAAUUUGAGAUGUGAUUGUUUCCUCCAUAAAUCAAUGUCAUCAAAUUAUGUGCCAAGUCUCAGCUAGACUUUAGACCCAAUACUGUGAGCCAUAAUGUUGGGGCUGGCGGGGGAGAAGGGGCAGAGAGAUAGUAUUUUCCCUCUUUUAUUACAGUGCUGUGUGUGUAUAUUUUGCUGUUAUUAAUCAUACUUCCUCUUCUGUUCUCGUCAUUAAAGUUCCCUAAAGGAUUAACCAAUGAUUUAGAUGUGGAUUAGUAUGUAAAAAGCUGCGGAAAUAUCAGGUUCUUAGUCCCUUCUCAGAGCAGGGAUAAUAAUGAAAAAGAGCCUCUAGCUACCCCUUUGCAAUAAGAGGAUCUUUUAUGGUUUACAGGGACCCCUUGCUAAUGCUCUGUGGACCCAUUCCUGACCCUUUUCAUUGGUGAUUAUAUGUAAUUACAUGCACCUCUGUGGCAAAGAAGAAAAAGAGUUUGGAUUUGAUAUCCCGCCUUUCACUCCCUUUAAGGAGUCUCAAAGCAGCUAACAUUCUCCUUUCCCUUCCUCCCCCACAACAAACACUCUGUGAGGUGAGUGGGGCUGAGAGACUUCAAAGAAGUGUGACUGGCCCAAGGUCACCCAGCAGUUGCAUGUGGAGGAGCGGAGACGCGAACCCGGUUCCCCAGUUUACGAGACUACCGGUUUCCUUUGAUAAGUGAAAACAAAAGAAGACACACUCAAUAAUUUGAGAAGAGAGUAUGAUAAACUACUGAGCCAAUGUUUAAUGAGAUGAACAUUUUAACUUAAGGCUGUGUGUGUGUGUGAGUGAGUGAGUGAGUGAGUGAGAGAGAGAGAGUAUUGGUCUCACAUAUAUCCUGUUUCGCUGAGAGCUUCUAAGUCUACUCAGAGCAAGAGUUGUGGUGAUGGUCAGGGAUUCUUCUGAGGUAGCAGAUAUGGCUACUUUUACUGUAAUUUAACGAGUAUUCCAGGUUAAAACAUUUUGCAUGUUAUAAUAAGCAGCAUUUCAUAAAAAUUGCCAAUGAUGACCAUUCAUAAUUAUUUGUAGGGGGUGGGGUGGAGAGUUGCAUUCAUUUCUGAACCAAUGGAAACUUGACGUGAACAGGGCCCAUUCAUUUCAGUUUUCAUUCAUUGUGAAACUUACAUCUCGAGCAAUGAAGGAGGGGUGGGGGUUUUUUGGUCCCUCACAUUUCUACACCUUCAUAUCAAUUUGUCACUCAUUUGGGGUGGGGGAAGAGGCUUUCUUUUCUAUGUUGUGGCUGAUGGCAGUGGUUUUACUGUAAUUUUUGACUUUUUUUGUUAUUUUGUCUCUUAAUUUUUUUAUAAUUCACUUCAAGACUUUUUCUGUAGUAAGCAACUAUCAAUAAACUCCAUUUCUUGACAAACCUGUUAUCUUAUCGACUGCCUUCUUUGGUCCUUACUAUAUUUAUCAGUUUAGCCAUAUAGGCUGUAUCCUCCCCCCCCCCCCCAUUCUGGGAAGGUCAGCUCCCCACUCUCUCCCACCACCCCAUUCCUGGCAGGCUGCCAUUAAUAAAUGAGUAUUCAUCUCAAUAUAUUUUUGAGGUACAGCUCGUUUAAGAUACCCAAGCAGUAUAACUAAAGGCUCUUUUGGCAGACCACAGCCAACAAUGAUUAUGUCAGUAUUAAAUUACUGUAUCUUAUCAUGUUGGGCUAUGUCUAGAAAAUAGGAGCUUGGCAGUCUCCUAAUUGUAUUUUUCUGUCUUAUAGAAAUAGAUGAGAAGAGAAUGAACAACAACUCCCAAGAUGAUGUAAGUUCAUUAUGCUUUAAGAAAUUGAUAAAUUGCUGAUAAAUUGCUGUCUAACAAUCAUUCAGAAACAUGUUAUUUUAUUCUUAUGAUUAUGCUGCAGUGGACUUGAGCAAGACUUCCUAAAUUGUGUAGUAACAGCAACAACAACAACAAUUAUUUUAUUAUUUACACCCUGCCCAUCUGGCAGUUUUCCCCAGUCACUCUGGGCAGCUCCCAACAGAAUAUUAAAAACACGAUAAAACAUCAAACAUUAAAAACUUCCCUAAACAGGGCGCCUUCAGAUGCCUUCUAAAAGUCAGAUAGUUGUUUAUUUCCUUGACAUCUGAUGGGAGGGCAUGCCACAGGGCGGGCGCCACUGCCGAGAAGGCCCUUUGCCUAGUUCCCUGUAACCUCACUUCUUGCAGUGAGGGACCCGCUAGAAGGCCCUCGGAGCGGGACCUCAGUGUCUGGGUUGAAUGAUGGGAGUGAAGAUGCUCCUUCAGGGAUGAUCUGGUCUGUAGAGAGAGAACUAUGAAAGUGAAUCAAAAAUAUAUUAAUUAAAAUAAUUGCAGGCACUGGUCCAAAAUGCUAUGCUCUGUUAAGUCUGUGACAGAGCAAUCUACAAGAAGUAAGGCCUAUUAAAUUCAGUGGAACUUACUCUCAAGUAAGUGUGUAUAGGAUUGCAGCAUUAACAACUCACUGCUCUUAAACUAGCUCCUUCAGUCUCCUUUGGGAAUGAUUCAUUUCACCUGGUGACUGGCCCAUUCACUCACUCCUGAUGCAGAUAGGUAAAGGGACCCCUGACCAUUAGGUCCAGUCGUGACCGACUUUGGGGUUGCGGCGCUCAUCUCACUUUAUUGGCCGAGGGAGCUGACGUACAGCUUCCGGGUCAUGUGGCCAGCAUGACUAAGCCGCUUCUGGCGAACCAGAGCAGCGCAUGGAAACGCCGUUUACCUUCCCGCCAGGGCGGUACCUAUUUAUCUACUUGCACUUUGUUGGGGUUUUUUUGGUUUUUUUAAAAUGAUAUUUAUUAAAGUUUCAAAGAAAAUAUUACAUAGAUAAAAAGAAAGGAAAAGGAAAAAAAAAUAAAAAGAAAAAAUACAAAUUACAGAAAAAAGAUAAAAAAACCACUUAAAAAACACAUCGAUCUUUCCAUACCUUACAUUUCAUUUCCUUACUUCCCUGACUUCCUCACACCUCCCCUUUUUGUAUUCCCGUUUACAAAAUCCUUUCAGCAAAUCCUUACCCUCUUUCUUUUAUCUUUACUCUGUAUCUUAACCUAUUAUAACUAUAUAUUUUCAUCCAUAUAACUAUCAAUAUUUACAUAUUCUUAUUAACCUUAUUACCAAAACCACUUAUUUUCAGUCCAACAUCAUUUUAACAUUCAUUAAUUUUACAGUAUUUCCGCAAAUAGUCUUUAAACUUCUUCCAAUCUUCUUCUACCAACUCUUCUCCCUGGUCUCGGAUUCUGCCAGUCAUUUCCGCCAUUUCCAUAUAGUCCAUCACCUUCAUCUGCCCUUCUUCCAAAGUGGGUAAAUCUUGUGUCUUCCAAUACUUUGCAAUAAGUAUUCUUGCUGCUGUUGUAGCAUACAUAAAAAAAGUUCUAUCCUUCUUUGGCACCAAUUGGCCGACUAUACCCAAGAGGAAGGCCUCUGGUUUCUUCAGGAAGGUAAAUUUAAAUACCUUUUUCAUUUCAUUAUAGAUCAUCUCCCAGAACGCCUUGAUCUUUGGGCACGUCCACCAAAGGUGAAAGAAUGUACCUUCAGUUUCUUUACAUUUCCAACAUUUAUUAUCGGGCAAAUGAUAGAUUUUUGCAAGCUUGACUGGUGUCAUGUACCACCUAUAAAUCAUUUUCAUAAUAUUCUCUUUUAGGGCAUUACAUGCCGUAAAUUUUAUACCUGUGGUCCACAACUGUUCCCAGUCAGCAAACAUAAUGUUAUGUCCAACGUCCUGUGCCCAUUUAAUCAUGGCAGAUUUAACCGUCUCGUCCUGAGUGUUUCAUUUUAACAGCAAGUUAUACAUUCUUGAAAGUAUCUUUGUUUUAGGAUCUAACAGUUCUGUUUCCAACUUUGAUUUUUCCACCUGGAAGCCAAUUUUUUUGUCUAAAUUAUAAGCCUCUCUUAUUUGAUAAUAGUGAAGCCAAUCUCGCACUUUAUCUUUUAGUUUCUCAAAACUCUGCAGUUUCAAUUUGUCUCCUUCCUGCUCCAAAAUUUCCCAAUAUUUUGGCCUAUCUACUUGCACUUUGAUGUCCUUUCGAACUGCUAGGUUGGCAGGAGUCUGAUGCAGAUACCUAUCUUCAAAGAAGGCUGCCUGCUGCAUCUCUGCAUGAGCUCUUGCCUUGAACUUGCAUUCACAUGGCACACUCAGAAUAGCAAAACAUGGAGCUGUGGGCUCUUUGUCAGGAGAGGAUUAUUACACAUUCAUACCUUUUUGGAUGUAAGAGUGAAGCAUUCCCCAAUUCUUAAUACAACCAUCAGAUAUGUGGGAAAGCUGUGCUCUUAAUUGUAUUUUCUAACACUAUGAGUCCCUCUGAGCUCAGUAUCACUUGUUUCAUAUUAAAUGUGUAAACUCAGACUUAAAGCAAGAGGGAACUGCAACCAUAUGUUGCAGCAUGGAGGGCUCUCUUGCACUGUUUUUCCAACAGUUUUCCAUUCCCCUCCUCCAUCAGUCAGUGUUAUGGCUGCUCUGCAUGCCCAGUCCUCACUGGGCUAUUUUUAGCAUCCCUCCUAUUAGAUUGGGGAAAAAAAUAGAUUUAUUUCAUUAGCACAAAUCUUGGGGUUUCCUUAAGGCUUCUGAUAUCUCCCUCUUACGGUGCCAUUUUUGGCUUCCUAUCUACAUUUGCAUCUGAACUUUGGAAAUAAGGGAAAUUACAUCCAACAUAAUCAGAGAUGAGAUUUUUUUCCACCUUUGUGUGCUCCUUCUCCAUGACCUGAAUCUCUCUCAUUUUCGCUGGAGUUUCAGACAAACCAGCAUUGCUUUAAAUAGCAAUGAACACUAUUGAUUUUUUUCCCCUUCAGAUUUAGCUCCAAACAUUUAAAAGCAUUCAGUGAAGAGCAUCAACAUCCCAUCAUGCAAUAAAUAUAAUUAGCACUCUCUGAAUGUACCCAAUAAUUUAUUCAUAAAUAUCAUCUUUCCAUCCAUUACCUUAAACUAUUAUGAACCACUUUAAAUAUUAUAGGCCAACUUACAUAGCUACUGAAUCUUCAUUGAUUAGGCUAGGUAUGUUAAAAAUAUACUUCUUACGUACUAGACCUAAGCCCCUAGGGAAAUGGAGUAAAGCUUUUUAAGUGAAGAUUUAAAUAUAGUACUAACUUCUACAAUUUCACUGUGUUGGAGUACAGGAGGGUGAACUUUGCAGACCCUUUAGAAUGCUGCAAGACUGACAUCAUUCAAUGGCAUGUUUUUCUAAUGUAGUCAGGCUUUUUAAAUUAAUGAUUAUCUGCAACAUAAAAAAUAAGUAAUGGACUAUAAAAUGUGGUACAUAAUCAAGAGUUUAAAAGAAUCCAUUUCCCUUCAAAAUCCCAAGCUAUAUUUUAGGCUCCACGUUUCAUCUUCAUAAAAUUUCAUUCUUUUUUCCACUUUUGAGUAAUAUCCAUUAUUUUCCUUAACCAUUCAGAAACAGGUGGAACAACUGUAGUUUGAUAAUGUCUAGCCCAUAAAAUUUAUUUAAACUUGGUCUUCUUUUUCUUGGGAAGAAUGACCCUAGCCAACUGGAGAUCACAAAAUAAAUAUGAUGUCGUCACAACCCUAUCAUAGUUGACUAUGUGAUGAUGACACCACCAAGCCAAUCGAGAGUGAAACAUGCUUCUUAGAUCAGCAGCACUCUCACUUUGAAUGGGUGAUCAUCCUAUCAUCCUAUUUCAGAGCAGUCCCCACAAAAUCUCUCUCUCUCUCUCUCUCUCUCUCUCUCUCUCUGUGUGUGUGUGUGUGUGUAUACUUUUUGCUUCAAACAUACCCUUUUAAUUAAAGAGCUCAGACCUAAUAUAACUGUCUAUACAGGAUCAAUAAGCGGUGUCAACAAACAGUAUUAGUAACUAAGCCAUAAAUAUAAAGCAUUCAGGGUACCAUGAGAAAACUGCUAAUAGGAAGAAAUGUCUCUAGUUUAUUGUCUGACUUUAUUGCUUUGCUCUUAGUUUUGUUGAAACGUCGUUCUUUUCUAUCCUUAGACACAGAAUGCUUCUCCCAAACAGAGGAAGCAGAGCGUCUAUACCCCUCCUGCCAUGAAAGGUACUGUGCAGGUACUGUUUCUUGCCAUGCUAAUAAUGUCUAUUUUGUUGUUCAUGACAUCUCUCAAAACCCCAAAACUAAACAGUAACUCCCAGCUUGGGCUCUCAUUAACAGGAUAACUUUAUAAUGACAUGGAGUGGAAAAGACACAUGGCCAUGAUCCACACACCUUUGAAAGACUGUCAGCACACUGCUCUUUCACUUGUAUCUGCAGGGGGUGGGAUUACUUGAGGAGAGUUCUGAGGGCCAUAAAGGAAGACCUGGGGGCCAUAUUCAGCACCCAAUCCCUAUUCUAAAUCCUCUGCCACUAAAAAAUGGACCCUCCAGACUCUAUGCAAUGUUUCCUCUCUGCUUAAAUAUUGCAAUAUAGCUUUUCUACGACAUCAAUAUCAUGCUAGUGUGGGACUGACAGCAUAAAUUCCCUCUCCCCCAAAAAGCAAAUUUCCUUCCUGUGCACUUUUUCCAAGGCAUCAUCCACUCGCCCUUCUAGCAGGAAAUGGCUUACUCAGCUAUGUAUGUGUGUUUUACUGGAAUGCAGCGCACUGGAAAAAUCAAUGCGAGUGCUAUUGAUUGCAGAGCUAUCUCCAGAACAAGGCAGACAGCAGCCGAGAGAGCCGUUUGGCACAGGAUCCUUGUGAGGCUUAUGUUUCUGUGCUUAAUGGAUGUUGGGAGACGCUCUCCCCAUUUGAAGAGCCUCAGUCGUUCUCAUCUCCCGAGUGAUGCUUACACGCACUUGUGUGGUAAGCAAAAUCGCAGAUUGGGAAUCCUGACGCUUCUUGAUUUGGAUUUGCUCAUCACAGGAGCAUUUCCCCUGUGCUCUGGUCACUUAUCAGAUAACCCUCCAUUAAACACAGACACGGGGCCAAUUGAACGAGCAAACUGUGAUGCGCUGGUGCAGAGCCAGGGAUAAAACCUGCUGUCCGUAAAGCACGCCCAGAUCACCUGAGAGUGGCCAAGGGGAAUCGAUCAGGGCUGCACUUUCCAGCACUGUCUCAGAUGUUUGAAAUGCCCCUGAAUGGAUUAAUGUGGAACAGCAUGCUGGGAAGAUCUGGUAGUCUUAGGCAGUGAACAAGCUUCCCUACAUUAACCCCAGAGGGAGCUGAAGAUUUGUUCAUGAACUAAGGCAGGAGAGAAACGUUUCUCAGCACUUUCCCUUCUGGGCAUUCUUCCAGCAGGGGAGGGACCAGAGGCAACAUUGUUGGCAUCUGUCUGUCUUGAGAGACAAUGGAGUGUGCAUCCAGGGGUGAAGUCAAACCGCUGCGUUAGCAACACCAAGGUGACCUGCCUGGGGCGCAAGCCUGGGCAGUCUGUAUGGAGAUCCUGGGCUGCCCAGAUGACAAGACCCACCCACCCACCCCCACACACACAAACACACCAGCCUCACGGAUGCGGUUCAAAGAAAAGCAGAGCAAUACGUUUGGCACAUAGGAGCCUGCUCGAAGGGGCCAAGGGGUCUCCGUUCCCCCCAAUAAAAUAUUUGAGAGGGCCGCCCCUCCAAGUUGAUGAGCAUUGCCAUUCAAAUGGUGUCCAUGCACCAUGUCAAGUGCAUUAUGCAGGGCAGGGCUUACUUGCCCCUGUGGCGAUCACACAGGGUCCCCGGACGUUUCACCGCCUAUUGAUCCCUGUGCCACCACUUUAUUUCUCGCUGCCACCACCCAGGCCCUACCUGGUACAAUACUGAGUCCAGUCAGGGUUAAGUUGGAACAUAAACUUCUGUUUAUUUAUUGCAAUUUAACAAGUGUGUGGUUUCAUAAACGGUCUCAGUCAAUUACAAUCAUGGGCUGCCUAUCCAGACCUAUAACUUCCGCUCCCUGCUCUCACUCACUAAACCACCUCUCAGAUAUUUACUUGUCUUCCUAGCCCCUAACUGUUACUGACUCAGCUUAUUUCGCCACCCACAGACUCUAUCCCAAUUCACUCCCGCUCCAACCAACCACCCAACUCCCAACGAACUCCUCCCUUCGCCCCUCCCAGAGCUGGUUUUAUAGUCCCUUUGACUCCACCCCCCUGGGAUCUGAUUGGGUAACCUGUUUAACUAUUUCACCUCCAGCACUCUCAUAUGUUAACGUCACAGCCCCCCCCCCAAUGUUUUAUUCAAGGUGGCACCCCUUUGACACCAGCUUGGCUGCAGGAGUUGCUGGAAGGAGGCAUACAAGAUGCCAUCCAAUUGUCUUAGAGACUCCACUCCAUUUUGUGUAGGGUUUACUCCAUCAGUGGCAUCGCGUGGGGAGGGCCACAGGGGUGGUUGCCCCGGGCACAAAAGCCCUGAGCCCUCAAAGCUGCUGAGCCACUGCUGCACCUCAGAAAGCACCCAUAGCUUGGACAGCUGAACGCCAGCUUCACUGGCCAACCUGCCCCCCGUAUGGAGGAAUGUGUGGGGUAUACAUUCGUGUGUUUGGGGGGGGGGUUUCCACUGUAGAGGGGGCGCAAUACUUGCCUUGCUACGAGCUCUGGCAACCCACACUAUGCCACUGUACUCCUUAGCCUUUUCUUCUCCAGAAGAUAACCCACAAGGCAGUGGAAGAUUGGCAAUCAUGGGCCUACUGUACAAAAUGUAAGAUUCACAUAUGUUUAUGUGAAUCUUACCUUUUGUGCAGUAGGCCAGUUUCCACACACGUUACUCUUUAUCCUCCAUCUCGUCAAGCAAGAAGCACAAACAGAGCUCAAAGACACAUGCCAGCCAGGCAGAAACACUCAAGCAAAGGUGCAAAACAUGGCUGGGAAGGGGGCCUGGCCUGGGGAAGAGAUCCCAAGGCCCUUGAGGGCCACACUUGGCUGCUGGGCCUGAGGUUCCUCAGAUUUACCCAGGGGGAAAAGCGGUCAAGGUGGUAGGGCAAUAGCAUUGUUGGCUGCUACUCCUUAGUGGGGAUUCCUUUACCCCUGAGGAGUGCGCUGGUACAAUACUGGUUUUACUCAUGGGGAAAUUAUUCAGUGUUUAAGCCCGUUUGGUGGGUUAUCCAUUUAAAUAUUUGAGCUGGAUUGGCUAUGGCAACGCUAAAGUUUAAAGCAGGAGAUUCUAAUUGGACUGUCAUGUUGGGUCAACAUGAUUUGUCAGUGGCUGCAGUCGUUGGCUUUUUAGCCACAUUUAGUGGCUAAAGGGACAAAGUGUUGCAAAGCCCGCAUUCACUAAAAACUAAAGGAGGCACAAAUUUGUCAUGUUCUGUUUCUCUCUCUGUAUGCAUUUUAGCCUAUAUAUGCAUUUUUGCAAGCCUUUCCUCCCUUAUACAAGCUCAGAUUAGGGAGAUGGCGGAGGAAUGCCAUCUUGCUUCAUUCAUCUAUCUCUUCAUUUGUCAUCCUUCACAGCAGCUUAGUCUCUCAAAGGUAUUAAAGAGCAUCAUUGUGACAUUAUGGGACGCGGGUGGCGCUGUGGGUUAAACCACAGAGCCUAGGGCUUGCCGAUCAGAAGGUCGGUGGUUCGAAUCCCCAUGACAGGGUGAGCUCCUGUUGCUCGGUCCCUGCUCCUGCCAACCUAGCAGUUCGAAAGCACCUCAAAGUGCAAGUAGAUAAAUAGGUCCCGCUCUGGCGGAAAGGUAAACGGCGUUUCCGUGCGCUGCUCUGGUUCACCAGAAGGGGCUUAGUCAUACUGGCCACAUGACCCAGAAGCUGUAUGCCGGCUCCCUCGGCCAGUAAAGCAAGAUGAGCGCUGCAACCCCAGAGUUGGCCACGACUGGACCUAAUGGUCAAGGGUCCCUUUACCUUUACCUUGUGACAUUAUGCUUUAGAAAACAGGAACAAUCCUUACCUGUCCCUUAAUUGCACCCUGGUUUUACUUCAAAGAAAGCAAGGGAAAUAACUCUAUGGUUGAGCCCAUACUUUGCAGCACCAGGUUCAAUCCAUUGUCUCUCUAGGUAGGGCUGAGAAUAGUUCUUGUCUGAAACUCUGAAGAGCUUCUGCCAGUCAGUGUAGACAAUAAUGAGUUAGAUGGGCCAAUGGGCUUAGGUUAGCAGGAUGCUUGCACAAUCCCAAACAUGUUGCCUUCUGUUCAACCAGGAAAUAAUUUGCGUCAGUUACAGCCAUCAUCAGAUAACAAAAGGAUUCCCUUCAGAAGCAGAGGUCACCUUGGCAGUGUGUUCCUGAAUUGAUAAAGAACCGGGUGUAAUUCUAGCAGUAGAUACAAAAAUUCACAAAUCUGUGGAUUAAAGCUAACUCGGGGGAUAUUGCAGAGAUAACAUACACUGAAUUGAAUUUAAUCAUUUCUCUUCCUGAACGGAGGGACACCUCCGUGAGUGGAAUGAGAUCUUUGGAUUGAAUUCAUUCUGUUGGGUUUGAACUGGAUUGCUGAUUUAAACUGACAAAAUAAAGCCAGCGAUAAACUUUGUGUUUAAAAUAGUGGGUGGGAAAGUCUGAAGUAACUGAAAGGUUUAUCAGCUGCUGUUUAAUGUCCACUGAAAAGUUACUGUUUUUAUCAAUAUGCGGCGUUUUCACCGAUUGCUUAUUAGGUGUAGGAAAUUCAACAGUUGCCCCAGUUCUAUGCUCUGUGUGGAUGUACUCUGAGCAGAGAGAAUACUUACACAGCUGAUAAAAUGUUUUGUUAAAUAUAGGAGCUCAGGCUUCAAGAUUACUUUCUGUUUCAUUGCUAUCAAUAUGACAGCACUCAAGUACUCUUAAAAUGGAUUCCUGCUGCUUGGUUUUGAAGCAACUUGUUAUUAGUAACAAGGCUCCCUCUAGUGGAUCUGAAGGGUGUGUUUUUGCACUUCCAGUUCCUGCCUCUUGAUAGCCCAAUGGACUAGAGAAAGAGACAAACAUGAGAGCUUUGACUAUAUAUAUAUAUAAAUUUUCAGUUUCUUAUUCUUUUUAAAAACAUACAAAUCCAAUAUUUUCCCAACAAACAUAUAUAUUUAGACUUCCCCACCACACCACUUUUGUGGUUUCUUAUAUUUUUUAAUUCUUAGCACUGCAUUUCCCUCAUUAUUCCAAUUAUUAAUUACUCCCUGGUUUUCUUUUAACAUUAAUUGUAACUGCUUGGUUUUAAGUUAAUCCUGCUAACGAACUUACACAUGGACAAGAACUUUUCAGAUUUUCCACAUAUGUUCCUCCAUUCUUUAAUAAAGUGUUUUUCCUCUUGGCUUUUUAUUGUUCCAGUAAGUUUUCCCAUUUCGGCAUAGUCCAUUAAUUUAAUCUGCCACUCCUCCUGCAAGCCCAGUGCUCUAUAGUGCUGCUCAGCUCAGUAGCAGAGUGGCCAUGUGGAAGCGACAUGGCAGCAACAGAGAGCUCAUGUGAAUUUGCUUUCUGCUUAUGCGAGGUUUAAGAUCACAGCCCGUAUCCCAAGUAUGCUACAUUGAAGUAUACUACACAGGAAGUAUGAUUUCUGCUCUUCUCCCUGCUCCCCCCCUCACAAAAAGAACCCAAACCUUUGUUGACUGAUGGAUCUUUCAUCAGAUCUGCUUUAAAUGUGAGCGACAUGUGCCUGUGGACAUUUUAAAAAAUUAACUAAAGAUAACACAAGUCGAACUUCCGCUGAACUUGCCCCAAAAUGGAAAGAAGCAAAGUCCCAAGUAAAGGAAGAAUGGAUACAAAAACUUAUGGAAUAUGCAGAAAUGGCAAAACUUACUGGAAGAAUGAGAAAUCAAGAUAACAAACUCUUUAUAAAAGAACGGAAAUGGUUUAUCGAAUAUCUACAGAUAAAUUGUAAACACAUAAAAACAUUAGCAGGAUUGUUGCAGUAACCUGCAGUUUUAUAAGAGUAUACAUUUACAGUAGAUAAUUAAACGAGUAAGGUAAAUGAAUUUGGAUAUGCAGAAGAUAUGAAAAAAUAAAUUUAGGGAACCGCCGAACGAGGGGGAAGGAAGUCAGAUUUUGAAAUGUUAAAGGGAUUGCAAAAUUCAUGAAAUGUAUAAAUUUGAAAAAUAUAAAUAUAAAACUUUAAAAAAGAGCUUCCACUGCACUUAAGAGACACUUUGCCCCACCCCUCAAAAAUUAAAAAAUGGUCUCCACAAGAAAAGCACAGGGUACACACUAGCACAACAGAAGGGUCAUCAUCCCCUUUCUCUCUGUGUGGGUUUUUCUUCUUUUGUUUUUAUACAGAUUAGUUUUUUUAUCUUGUUGCAUCAUUAAAAAGAUUUAAUAAAAAAGAUAUGGGGGGAAAAACCCCACCCAAGAUAUGAUUUGCCAUGGACUCGACACCUUUGCAAUUUAUGACGUGUAUGUGGGAUAAAUCAGGGCAGCUUCUGGCUUGUUGUCCAGGGUUCCCUGCAUGUUACAGUAUUCAUUGAAUUGUCCAGACAGAAAUGUCCCCCAUGAGCAUGGACACACACACACACACACACAGAGAGAGAGAGAGAUUUCCAUGACAUUUCCUCCUCUGGCUCACAUGGGAAUUAAUUUACUCACCCUCUGUUGCCCUAUUGUGUUGAGUACAAACAUAGCAAAACCCCAAAUCCCAUGUUUUUAAAAUAUGUCCUCUUCCAUAAAUGUACGUGGGAUUUUUUUCAUGCCUCCCUUCCCACCCAAAACCCAGGCAGAUAUACAAGCAUGGGUUGAGAUAAAUAUUUGGUUUCCACCACGGGAAUGGAAUGAUCCUCACUUUAUUUAUGUUGACUGUAUACAUUUAUUUUUUGACAUUGCUGUUUAUUGCAAGUGGCUCUGCAAAUAUAUCUUCGGGAAGGACGCUUUAUAGGGAGAAAUAAAAGAGAACAAUGGUGGCUGUUAUUUUUGGCAGGCUGGUAAGAAAGGCAGAGGGUUGUUUUACUGCACUCGUGGGGUGAUUUCUGAGAUCUGUCAGCCUUGAUUUAUAUCAUUUGAUUCCCCUGGUACCUUUUAAGGGAACAAACAAAUCUACGAAACAGUGUUAUUUUUCUGCAUUCAACUCUCUUCAUUCACCUGCAAACCAUAUUUAGGGUGUGAUUCUCCCGAGUCAUUGAAUUCUUUGACUCCAACCUUUUUUCUGGUCCUUUUCCAAUAGACACCAGCAUACGCCCUCUUUUACUUUACAAACAUUGGGGCUCCAAGAUCCAUAGGGCCAGGAACCUAGACAUUCCCAUGGUGGCAAGGAGGGGUAUUGCAACAUCAGAUCUCCCAAGUUUGGCGUGUUCUCUCUCCUGAUCUGGUGGCACUGUGGGUUAAACCACAGAGCCUAGGACUUGCCAAUCAGAAGGUCGGCGGUUCGAAUCCCUGUGACGGGGUGAGCUCCCAUUGCUCGGUCCCUGCUCCUGCCAACCUAGCAGUUCGAAAGCACCUCAAAGUGCAAGUAGAUAAAUAGGUACCACUCCAGCGGGAAGGUAAAUGGUGUUUCCGUGCGCUGGUCUGGUUCACCAGAAGCGGCUUAGUCAUGCUGGCCACAUGACCCGGAAGCUGUAUGCUGGCUCCCUCGGCCAAUAAAGCGAGAUGAGUGCUGCAACCCCAGAGUCGUCCGCGACUGGACCUAAUGGUCAGGGUCCCUUUACCUUUAUGGUUCUAGGAUGCCCUCCCAGGGUCAAUAGGAUCACAACAUUAGUUAUUUUUUAGUACCUUCGUUUUUCCUCAGCCCUUUUCUCAUCUCUUUCUUUUCCACCUCAACAGUUGCAGAAGAAGUUUGUCGUUGCACUCAUCUUCUGGUAGGCAGUAAACUAUCCCCUUCCACUCUUCAGGUUGAAGCAAGCCAUGUGUUUUUUAUAUUUUGGUGGGAGCCACCCAGAGUGACUGGGACAACCCAGUCAGAUGGGCAGCAUAUAAAUAAUAAAAUUAUUAUUACAUUGUUAGUAUGAUAGUUGUGGAUUCCGGAGAGCUACAGCCAGUCAGAAUAAACAGUCCUGGAAUAGAUUGACCAGAUAGCCUGAAGGAGCUAUUGGGCAGCUCCUUACGUUCUUAUGUGACAACAUGUGAACCACAGGACAGGGAAACACAGGAGGCAUAGAAUGCAAUUAGCUUUGAGUUUGUGAUGUUAACAUAUGAGAGUGCUGGAGGCGAAAUAGUUAAACAGGUUACCCAAUCAGAACCCAGGGGGUGGAGUCAGAGGGACUAUAAAACCAACUCUGGGAGGGGAUGAGGGAGAGUUCGUUGGGAGUUGGUUGGUUGGUUGGUUGGUUGGAGCGGGAGUGAAUUGGGAUAGAGUCUGUGGGUAGGUUGAGUUAGUGUAGUGAAAUAAGCUGAGUCAGGAACAGUUAGGAACUAGGAAGACAAGUAAAUACCUGAGAGGUGGUUUAGUGAGUGAAGUAGCGGAAGUUAUAGGUCUGGAUAGGCACCCCAUGAUUGUAAUUGACUGAGACUGUUUAUGAAACCACACACUUGUUAAACUGCAAUAAAUACACAGAAGUUUAUGUUCCAAUUUAACCCUGACUGGACUCAGGAAUUUCCCAGGUAGGGCCUGGGUGGUGGCAGUGAGAAAUAAAGUGGUGGCAUAGAGAUCAAUAGACGGUGAAACGUCUGGGGACCCUGUGUGAUCGCCACAGUCCUCUGGUUCAUCUUAAACCAGCUAAGACAUUGCUGAAACUGACCACUAGCCCCGCCCUUCCCCCUCUAGCCUCUCGCUCUGGAUCCCUCCCAAAGCAGACAAAGCCUGCAUUGAGGGGGUGGUCUCCUCCUCCUCUGGACCUGCCUGCCCUAUUGCUCAGCUACGUACAGGACUCUCCUCGAGCGGGGUGUAAGAGGGGGAGGAGAGCCAGCAGGACCGAGACUUCCCUGCUGCUGGGUAGAAAAGGCAACCUCUAACUCCUCUGUGUCUGAGUCUGCACUCCCACUGUGACUCUCAGCCUCUAACCUGUCCUGGAAGGCGUUCCUUCUCCUGAUCCCCACCUUGAUUCCUCGAAUCCCCUGUUUCUAGCGCCUCCCAGCUCAUUCCUUCCCCAGACUGCUCUUCAGCAUCCCACCACCACCACCAUGAUCUGGGAUCUAAGUCGUCAUCUUCUGUGUCCUCCACGGUGGGUUCUUGGGUGGGUGGCUCCCACCAUUCUUUCACAUCCAGCCAGUCCCUGACGCAACUGUGCCAAACUUAAUUACAUAUAAACUAGGUUUUCUCUCCCUCUCCCUUCCCUUACUAAGAGAAGCCCACCCAAAGCUUUUGCAGAACCUGAAACAUCCCUUCAGAAACACCACCUUCCUUUCAGUAUAUAAACCAUUAUUUUAUUUUAUUAUUUUGCUAUUUUACAAAAGAAGAAGAUAAACUGUGAUGAUUGGAGACCGAAACUGUGGUCGUCGAAUUGACCUCUAGGGGCUUCUGCUCUUCAUCUGAAGUCUUUUGAUUUGGCUAACAAGUUCUAGUCGGAGACUAGGGAGAGACUUAAGGAAUCAGCAAAUCUGAAAUGUUUACAUGCUAGUGAGGCUUGCCUGGAACUACAAAAGCUGCUUACAUUUUGGGGGGAUGCUGUCAGCAUAAGAUUUCUACAGGGUGCGAUUCUACACUAGCGAAAUCAGCCUCCCAUUGAAAGCAUGCUUUGUUCAGUCAGGGUGGGGGGAGGCAGUGAUGUGACAGCACAGUUGUGUGGAGGAAACAUCUCUCUGCACUGAUCUUGAGCCAAUGCUGUUGUUUGCACCUUUUAAAUGUGGGAAAGGGAAAAGGGAAUGGAAGUCGUGUGAUAUGAAAUAAUAAACUGGAAAGCAGCCAACUAUUUUGAACACAGCCUUUUACUGUUUUCAUGGCUGAUGAGCGGUGACAGUGUAAACAGUGGCUUAUUGACUCUGAGUUGUAACUCCGUAUCUGUGCUUUCAGUAGGAAAGUAGGAAAAUUGGAGGGCAGUGAUUAGUUCAUUGCUGCUAAUUUAUUUCUUGCCUUUUCUCUCUAUGAAGUCAAAGGGGUUGUGCACAGACUGCCUUCUGAUGUAGGGUUUAUUGUUAAACAAGCCUGGUCAAACCUUGACCUCACACACUUCUCCCUCCCUCCCACUCCUCCAGAGCAGCCAUGAGCUUUUGCUUCUGUAUUUGAUUAACCACAGUUUAGCUUUACAUCCAAACCCUAAACUGUGGCUAAACAUAACUAUGUCUAGUUAAAACAAACCAGCUUCAUAUACCAAGGUUUGAAGUUGGCUUGCUCUCUUGAACUGUAGCUUAAUUUGUUUGGGUUUGGAGGAAACAGUGAACAACAUCAACACUGAAGGAGGGAGAAAGCACGAACCCAAUUAUCAGUUAAGCUCAUUCUGAUAACAAGAAACUGAUACACCCAAAUGAGCUCAAAGUUCCCCAGGUAACCUAAACAACCGAGAGUUUCAAAUGCUAAAUUUGGGCUUUUUUCUGGGUUCCCGUUCUUUUGUUUCAAAAGUGCAAUUACAAAUAGAUAAGAAAAUACAUAGGUCUUUUUAAAAGCUGCUUAAGACUCUUUCAGUAUCAUCUAAUAUGUAUAUUACCUUUAUUUGUAAUAAUAUAUAUACAUAUUAAACUAAGCAAUGCAAAUCUGGAAGAACGACAGAUAUAAACACUGAUCAGUUUUGCUCAAACAUAAGCAGUAAUGCAGAAACCUACCACCCACCUAGCCUGCUGCAGAAACUUGGCCCUCCUAGAAUAAGUUGCACAUAUAGACAAGGAUGAUUAUUUUAAGAAGAAAUCAAGAAACGGAUAAAAAUAGACCCUUGAGAGAUCAACAUUUUCCUUUCUCUUGCUUGACUUACUGACCCGGCACUGUCUGACCCUUUAAACUAUUUCAUGGCAAACCUUAAUAUAGCAAGGUUGAAAUUUUAAAAUGCUUUAUCUAAGGAGAUUUGAUUAAUCAGGGCCAAUGUCCCAGGCUAUGUUUUUUCCAUUGUGUGCAUAAGCAUAGAUAUAACAUUCCCAUAAGCAGAUGGAGAUGUCCCUCUCUCUGUACAGAGCUGGGAAUGUGCAUCCAAUAAUAGUAUCUGAACGAAGAAGCAUAAAUAGGACAUGAAUCUGGAUAGAUGGACCUCUUUGACAUUUGUAUGUCAUUUCUCCAAUGAAAACAGGGACGUCCCAUUCCAUCGUGAUAAUUACACCCCACACAUCUUAUUGGGUUGCCCCAGCACUCUGGACAGCUUCCAACAUAUAUAAAAACACAAUAAAACAUUAAACAUUACAAAAGCUUCCCUAUACAGGAUUGCCUUCAGACGGCUCGGGGGUCGGAUAACUCCAUAUCCUCCAACAUUUCUCCAAUGAAAAUGGAGACAUUGUAAGGCAAAGCGGGACAUUCUGGGAUCAAAUCAGAAACUGGGACGGCUUCUCUAAAUCAGGGUUGUCCCUGGAGGGUACUGGUCUCGCCUUAUCUGCACCAGGUACUCAUGAGGGGGCAAGCCAGUUCAGCGGUUUUACAGCACCAUGGAUAGCUCCAAGUGAACAAAGGCUGUAGGUGAAUUGCUGUCUCAUAAGCCUCUUCCUCCUGUCCAUUUUCCCAGGCUUGAACCCCUUGGCCUGAAGGUGAGGGCCAGCCCCAUGACCUGCACAAAAAAGCACUUCCUUGUUUUUCUGUGGAAUCCUGCUUGUCACGCUUCCUUUACUAUUGGGCAGGUGCAGUAGCAUGGAAACCACUCAAUUCCUCUGGUGAGUCAGGUUUAGGGAACAACACCUGUGAGGGUCCCUGCCUCAGGUUUUGCUAACUUGGGGGAACGAGAGGCAUGUCCCAUUGGCUUUCAGCCAGCAGCCUUGGGUUGUCUAUGAGGCACCAGCAUCAGAAGCUUGCUCCAAUUUACCAGUUGAAUGGUACCUUUAUAUGCAUAACGUAUAAAUAUAGCACAAGUACAGUUCAAUCUCUUAGGAUGGCUGUGCCCCAUCCACAGUGUUUACAUACUCAUGCAUCAGCUGUAGUCUCACCACCAAUUAACUAGGAUUCUAGAUGUGGAAAGCUUUUGAAAUGUGGAGAGCAUGAAAUCGCCCGGGUUCAUGUUGGUGUUGUGCAAUCCCAGGAUCAGUGGGAUUCUUGCGAUUUUGAAAAUCAGCUCAUAGACCAAAAGGGCAGGAACAUAUCUCUCAUCACCAGUACCCACUCACCUUUAUCUACACCUGCUCUAGAAACUGCAUCAUUCAAAGGAAAUGCAACAUCUACAAUAAGGCAGAAUCCGAGUUAACUUUAGCCACGACCUUAAGCAUUAUAUAUAUAUCACAACUUAGAGCUUUCUAUGUGCUCUUGUAGGUGUGGCUUGUCCCAUUCAUUUUGAUGGAGGGAGUAGACCCCCAUAUGCAAUGCAAUGCAAUGCAAUGCACACACUUCCUCCAUUGAAAUGAAUGAUAAGCAGGGUAGCUCCAUAUGUGUAUUAGAACUCCUUCAACCAAUAAUAAAUCUUUAGAUCAGAUUGUCUGCAUCUAACAAGAGGUGUAUCGUAUGGACAGUGUCCGGAGGAGGUCAGUAAAGAAGGUGAAGGGCUUGAAAACUAAAUUCAUGAGGAAAGGUUGAAGGAGUUGGGUACAUUUAGCCUGCAGAAUAGAUGCAGUACUGUAGCCAUCUUCACAUAGGUGAAAGACUUAUCACAGAGAUAAUGGAGAUAAUUUGUCUUCUGAUGCAGGGCCUGAACCAAUGGGUUCAAAUGACAAAAAGAGGGAUUUUGACUAAACAGAAGGAAGAUUUCCUUAGUGAUACAAGCUUAGAAGAAGGUGGACGUAUUCUUUAGAGUACAUUAAAUGGAUAGCAACCUAUCAGGGAUAUUGCAGAACUGGAUUUCCUGCAUCAUUAGAGUUGGAGCAGAUGGUCUUUUUGAAGUCCCUGCCAACUCUGCAAUUCUAUUAUUCUAAAUGGACAACUUGAAUUUGUUAAAUUGACCCAUGACAUGGAUGCAUGUUAAAUGUUUGAAUCCCCCACAAGUAUUUUGCAAAGUUGAGGAACCUUGUUGAAUACGUAUCUGCUUUCAAAUUUCUUCUACUUUGCUUGGAUGGAUUAAACCAGAUGUCAAGUUUUCAUUUCCCCACAGGAGAUUUUCAUGAUGUGACUGUGGAAAUGUCAGAAAGUUGCCUCAUUUGCACAGAUAAUUUAUCCUGAAUCUGCAAAUAAGCUUUGAGGCGAUGAUUUAAUCUAAAAUGCAUUACCAGUUCAAAGCGUAUUAGUACAUGCUUACUGAAAAUGGCUUGGCAUUCAGGCUUUCUUCGUCAACAUUAAUUGAAUUAAAUUACCUGCAGUGAAAUCAGAGCCUUUGAGGGAAAGGAGAAAGGAGAAAACAGCAAACUUUAGAAGGAAGACAAAAAUAAGAGUCAGAUAUGCAUGCAUGUUUCCUCGCAUUGUGACAUCAAGGGACGGAAGGCAACUCUGGAGCAGGUGAACUGAAGGGUACAAACUGAUUUCUGUUGGGUAAAGAAAGAAAUACAGACCCAGGGAAAUCACUGCUACAUUGUGAGGAGAAAUAGAUGAGCCUUACUAUCAGACAGAUGGCAAGAGAGGAGAAACACCGGCAGACAAAAGCAGAGAUUCAGAGGGGGGACUCAGCCUGGGCAUAGAGAUCUCAACUCAGUAAUGAGGAAGGCAAGCUUAGUUGAACACAAAAGGUGUAGCCAAGCAUGAAGAGAGUGACUUGAAAGCAGACAAAGGGUGUGAGCAGAACACAACACCCUCGGAGCCAGCAACCCUCGGACCAUUUCAAAUUAUAGCAGGGAAAUGAAUGGGAGGGUGGAGGCGACGCAGGAAUAGAAUGAUAUCAUGUAACCCAUAUCUGUGUGUGUGUAGCUUUCGAUAUAGGCAGCCAUGCAAACUGCAGCAUGACAGCAACAGGUGGAAGCAUGGGCAUUGCCAAGGGGGGGGGCAGUUGCUCUCCAAAUCCUCAAAAAGUAUUGAAAAGCAUUGUUGUUGUUGUUGUUUAGACGUUUAGUUGUUUAGUCGUGUCCAACUCUUCGUGACCCCAUGGACCAGAGCACGCCAGGCACUCCUGUCUUCCACUGCCUCCCGCAGCUUGGUCAAACUCAUGUUGGUAGCUUUGAGAACACUGUCCAACCAUCUCGUCCUCUGUCGUCCCCUUCUCCUUGUGCCCUCCAUCUUUCCCAACAUCAGGGUCUUUUCCAGGGAGUCUUCUCUUCUCAUGAGGUGGCCAAAGUAUUGAAGCCUCAGCUUCACGAUCUGUCCUUCCAGUAAGCACUCAGGGCUGAUUUCCUUAAGAAUGGAUAGGUUUGAUCUUCUUGCAGUCCGUGGGACUCUCAAGAGUCUCCUCCAGCACCAUAAUUCAAAAGCAUCAAUUCUUCGGCAAUCAGCCUUCUUUAUGGUCCAGCUCUCACUUCCAUACAUCACUACUGGGAAAACCAUAGCUUUAAGUAUACGGACCUUUGUUGGCAAGGUGAUGUCUCUGCUUUUUAAGAUGCUGUCUAGGUUUGUCAUUGCUUUUCUCCCAAGAAGCAGGUGUCUUUUAAUUUCGUGACUGCUGUCACCAUCUGCAAUGAUCAUGGAGCCCAAGAAAGUAAAAUCUCUCACUGCCUCCAUUUCUUCCCCUUCUAUUUGCCAGGAGGUGAUGGGCCAAUUAACUGAGGUUCUGCCUCCCCCAGCAGAAGCCUCCCCCCACAACAAAAGCCUUCCCCCCAUAAUGUCCUCUCCCCCCCCAAAAAAAAUUAAGCUCAACAACUCCCCCUCUAAACAAAAAUCAUGGUUGGAAGGAGCAAUAAAAGCAGGCAGGCCAGCAUCACAUGUGGGCAGAGCAAGCAAGUGGGCAGCUGUGUGGCCCAGGCAGCAUUCACAUGUUCUGUGUCACCACUGCCACCAGCUGCCUGCCUGUUUGCAUGUGUGCACAACAGGGAAACCUGGGAUUCAAACAGGCAGGAGGCCCAAGGCUGCUGGCCCAGGCAGACCUGCAGGUGUUCAUGCACUCCCCAUCACCAUGGUCUCCACUGCCCACAAUUCACCCCAAACUGCCCCCAUCCCUUCACAGCUCCCUGCAAUCUCAUAUAUCCCUUUGCCAGUAGCAGAGGAAAGGGGAAUCAGGAGGAGAAAGGCUUUCACCCUCAUGGGAUGGAAUGAGUGUUGGGGGGUUUGCAUGGGGUGUAAAGAAUGGGGGUUUGGCAAGGGUGUGUGGGGUGGGCAAGGUUGGUGAGCAACAUAUUUCGUUUGACCCUUAUUUUGCCGAUGUAAUGGAAACCCACUGUUCAUGUUAUUGUAAGCUGCCACCCUUAACAGUUGUUAAUAAAACAGCAACAUUGUCACUGAUUGAUUUCUUCCUUCAGCACAACAGGCAAGAUUUUAGAUUUGACUGCAUGUGGCCUUAAAUGUGGUUCUUUUAUAUUUACAGGGAUUAAGCAUCUAAAAAACCAGAAUGACGUGGCCUUCCCAGAGGAGGAUGAAGGAGUCAAUGAAAGAGAUGAGGAGUGGAGCCCCUAACUGGCUCCGAGCAUCUGUGGGAAAGCCCUUAUUGUCAAUAACUGAACUGCUAAACUUUCUGUACUUAACGUGGAACUCUAUUGCUUGUCUUCCUGACCCAAACCUGUCUUCACCUCAGUACCCAACAGCAGGAGGAUUUCGUGGUGGAAUUUACAGCAAUUUGCAGAAUCUGCCUUGUGGUACUUCAUAACUGAAGUUAACGGUUUCUUCCAUUUCUUUUCUAGCCAUUUCCCCCUUGCAUUUGUUUUUAAUGACUUCAAAUAUGUCGUCUGCAAACAUGUCGAGUCCUUUAGUGCUGCCGUUGCUUAAUUUCUGAAUGUGAGCUGCAGUCUAGAAGAUCAGCUGUAAAUAUUAUAAAUUCGAAUGCUACAAAACUGUGCUAAAUAGGCAGAGCAUGCCUUUUAAGGGCCCCAUGACAACCAAUCAAAAUAAUAUUGAUUUGAUCUUGAAAGAAAAUUACAACCAAGCCUUCUUAGGCCAAUAUUAGCCCACUAGGGUGUCUCACAGGGGGCCACCUGAGAUUUCGACUACCUGGGGCCUCCACAGGGCUUAAUCUGCCACAGUCUUCCAUUUGAAUCAUGUCUGGCAACAAUGUUAGUGGUCUCCUGUUUGAGGAUACUAUUAUGGAUUGGGCCUUUAUGAAUACGCUUUUAGGUUAUGUGUUUUGCCUCACUGUUUUCAUGCUGUUUUUAUUGAUCUGUGGCUUAUUAAUAAUGGGAUGCUUUUGUUGCCGCUUUUCUGAUCUUGUAGGCAUUGAGACAUUUGGCAUUGUUUUUUGAGGGGAAAUGGAGAGGUACAUAUUCCAUUGCCAUUGAAUUUGGGGGUUCCAUAAGUGGCCACGCCCAAAUAUUUGUUAUUUAUUUAUUGCAUUUAUAUCACACCUUCUCUCCAAGAAGCUCACCGUGGUGCACAUAGUUUUUCUGCUCCUCCUUUAAUCCCCACAACCUUGUGAGGUAGAUUAUGCUGAGAGGCAGUGACUGGCCCAAGGCCACACCAAGCGAUUUGGUUUGAGUUAUUGUAUUUCUAUGCCGUUUUUCAUUCCGAUGAAUCUCAAAGCGGCUUGCAAACAACAAAUAACAGUAACAUAAUAGAACAUCGCAUAAAUGCAGCAUAAAUCAAAUAAAAAUAAUUAACAAAUCAUCUGUGAGCUUUCUGGCUGAGUGGGGAUUUGAACCCUGGUCGACCCAAGUUCUAGUCUGACUCUCUCACCAUUAUACCACACUGACUCUCAACACAGUACCUGGUCCAUCUGUCCUCCAUAAAGGGCUAUUUCCUGGACAGCUUCUCAACCUUUUCGUUCUGAAGAAAAUGAAGCAUCAGCAGCCACGGUCCAGGACCAUCCACAAAGGAACACUAAAAGAGCCUGUCUGCUGGAUCAGGCCAGUGGCCCAUCUAGUCCAGCAUUCUGUUCUCACACGGGCCAAGCUGAUAUCUUAU